GGAUAACAGGAGACCUCAUCAUUUGAGACCAGCCCUUCACAUUUAUAGCUUAGAAGCCUGAAAAAUGAAGCCUAAAAUGAAGUAUUCAACCACCAAAAUUUCCCCAGCAAAGAUGCACAGCUCAGCAGGCAAAGCCUUGGUAAAAUCUCCCACGUUGAGAAAAUCCCAACAGAAGGCUGAAGAAGUUUGCCCCAUGUACUCUAUGCAGCUACGCUCUGGCCUUAAAAUAGAAAAGAAGACCUGUUACUUUAGGAAAGAAACCACCAAAAGGCAUUCACCAAGAACAGCUAAAAAGUACAAAGAGCAACGUCUGGUAUUCGCUGCCUGUCAGGAGCUGGAACACAUUGGACAGUCUGUGAAGAGCUUCACCUUCGAUAAAACUAGGGUCCAGAAAUAUACUACAGCAACUGGUCUUCCAAGUAUCAAAGAACAUUCUGCUUCCCUGAGUACAUACAAUGAUCAAUCCAUUACUUUUGUUUUCGAGGAUGGAAAUUAUGAGAUCUAUGUUGAUGACUUAGGAAAAGACCAAGAGAAAGAUGGUGGUGGUGAUCAUCGGAAGUUAAUGGUAAACCUGAGCCCCACAAAAGACAAAGACUUCUUGCUACAUGCCAACAGUAAGGAGCAUUCUGUGGAGCUACAAAAAUGUGAAAACCCAUUGCCAGAACAGGCCUUCUUUGUCCUUCAUGAGGAGACCUCUCAAUGUGUUUCAUUUGAAUGUAAGAGCAAUCCUGGAGUGUUUCUAGGAGUAAAGGAUAACCACCUAGCUCUAAUUAAACGAGGGGAACACCCUGAGGAUUCAAAUGAAGAGAAUACCAUAUUUAAGCUCUCAAACUUAAUAUGACGGAAAGCUGCGGAUCUUGGGUUGAGUAGUCCAAACAGCUACCAUUGGAGAAAGGAUGAGCGAUAAAGAGACAGAUAACACGAAGGGAAAUGGAAUGUUUAGUAUGCUGUGGAAUGUUUUCCUUAUUAUGUAUAAAAAUAAUUUUUUUAUAAUCCUUCAGUUCUGUUUUUUAUUUCCCUCUGCAUCACUGCAUAUUCAGUACAAGUAUUGGUAUAUUAAAUAGCAUAUUGGUAAAGAGACUUGCCAACAUUCUGAAGAGAUACAGCCUGACCUUUACAUUUUUCCACUUUCAGUGCUGAAAGAACUUCUUCAUAUUUUGAGCUGAGACCUCUGGGGAGAAGCGAAGGGGCUGAUCCGCAGUUUUGUUUUAGACAGGGAUCAAUUUAAAGAGCUACAUAGGGACAUAAUUUUCCCUGGUUCCAAAUAAUAGCCUCAAACACUAGAGCCUCUAAUAAAAAAGACAACUGGAAGCAACACAGAUUGACCAUUUCACAACUGGAAUAAAACACCAAGUUUGUUUGUAAAUUCCGAAACUUCAGAUGCCUAUAUGGCUAGACAGGUAACAUAAAUAUGUGAAAAAGCAAGGAUAAUUUAAAAAUUAAGGAAAAUAAAUCUAGUAUUUUAAAAGUGAAUAAUUUCACCUCUAACUCACUUUUAAAAUUCUGAUUUUUAUAGACUGAGUUAACUUUAAGCAAGGCAUUCUUACAUUAGAAAGUGAAAUAAAUUUUAGUUCAGACACAAAAUUGAAAUUAUUAGGAAUAUCUAACAAACUAGAAUAUUUUUAAAAGCACUGAGCCCCAAUACAUGUUUGGGCAUCCAAGUACCAUGGGUUCCAAGUACCAUGGUGUGGCCAGAAGUCCUCUAACCUACUAGAGCUUAGACGGGACAUAGGAUUAACAUUACAACUUCAAUAACUGGUUAUCCUUCAUAUGUUCUUCUGACCCUGGCUUCCAGGAAUCUGUGACUUUUGAUAUAUUCAUUACCUUGGACAAAAUUUCUUCUCAUCCUUUCUUCCCAUGUGCACAAGGCCUUUUGUUGUUUAGCUUCCCAAUAACCCUGCUUACUAUGGAAUAUUCACUUGACUUCUGUUCUUUCUCCAUUUCUUUUGACCAUCUGUGUCCUUCUGCACCACCUGACCUCACUUCCACAUCACCUGACCUCUGGAUGUCAACAUCUUUAUUCUGCUUUUUCUACCUGAUGGUGUAGAAUUUUACAUAAACCUAUUUAUGGCAAUAUUCUUCAUUAAACAUCUUUGUGUUUUAUUGCUACUAAGGUACUAAAAUUUAUACUCAACCAUAUAAUAACAUUUCUCAACUACUAAAUAAUUUUUGCUUAUUUUAAAACCUUAGCAAUUUCUACUGUAAUUCUUCACAGGUGUAAUACUGAUAAUAAAUGACAAACAUAAUGACAGAAUACUUAUAAAAAUAUGACUUUUUCUGAAAGUGUAGGCUUUUUAAUUUGUUGAGAUAUAUUGAAUAUAAUUGUUGGUGGAAAAUAAAAUAAAAGAGGCUGAGAAUUACUGUAUGAGGACAAACAAUUAUAGAACAAUAUAUCUUUGUUUCAUUACUUUGUCAAUAAUUUUACUAUAGAGACAAAAAUAAAAGCAGAAUCUAUAUCAUUCCCUCUGAAAAACACUAAAUGUUGACCAUGUGUAUCUGUAUGAUAUACUUAAAUGAUUACUAUUCA